AUGGCCCCCAACGAUUCCAAGAAGCGCUUAGCGCUGGCCGUCGUCGAUUUCCUCGGUUCCAGCUUGAAGGACGGCACUCUCACUGCGGAUGACGCCGAGUCGAUUGAGAUUGCCCAGUCAUGCAUUGCGGAUACGUUCAAGGUCGAUCCCUCCGAUGAGGCUGCCGUCAAGGAUGCCGUGGGUGGACAGUCGUUAGCGAACAUCUACAGUGUGUACGAGAAGCUCCGGAAUAGACCGUCUGGCGAUGCUUCCGCCACUGCCUCUGCAUCUGCGUCCUCCAGUAGCGCACCAGCCCCGGCAGCUGAGCAACCUACGCCCAAGCCUGGCGUGCCCACUCCGGACUCCGACAGGUUGAAGGCUGAGGGUAAUGCCGCGAUGGCAAGCAAGGACUACGACGGCGCCAUCAAUUUCUACACCCAGGCUCUGGAGAUCUCCAAGGCGAACCCCAUCUACCUUUCCAACCGGGCUGCUGCUUAUUCUGCCUCCGGUCAGCAUGAGAAGGCCGCGGAGGACGCAGAGUAUGCCACUGUCGCGGACCCGACAUACUCCAAGGCCUGGAGCCGUCUAGGACUCGCCCGUUACGAUAUGCAAGACUUCCACGGGGCCAAGGAAGCCUAUGAGAAGGGUAUUGAGGCUGAAGGCAACGGUGGCAGCAGCGCCAUGAAGAAGGGUCUCGAGACCUGCAAGAGGAAGAUUGACGCCACCCAGGGUGUGGAGUCUUCCAACGCUGGUAACGAGGGUACACGUGGUGCUGGUACUGGUGCUGGUGCUGGUGCUGGUGGUAUGCCCGAUCUGUCCUCUCUGGCUAGCAUGCUUGGCGGCGGUGGCGGCGGCGGUGGCGGCGGUAUGCCCGACCUCGGCUCCAUGAUGAACAACCCCAUGUUUGCGAAUAUGGCCCAGAACCUCAUGAGCAACCCUGACGCGCUCGGUGGCAUCAUGAACAACCCGCAGUUGCGGUCGAUGGCUGAGAACUUUGGUCGUGGUGGUGGAAUGCCCGACAUGUCCAACUUGAUGAACGACCCCAACAUUGCAAACAUGUAA